AUGAAGUCUUCUUCUAUUACAACAAAGCUUCUUCUCCUCACCACACUUGUUACUAUAUUGGUAAUCUCCAGAGCCAACGAAGAGCUAAUGAUGCAACUAUGUCACAACUCCGACAAUCCCACCUUAUGUCUUCGCUGUCUGAGCUCAGACCCAACUUCUCCAAAAGCAGACCAAGUACAACUAGCUAGAAUCAUCCUCAGAUGCGUCAACACUCACCUCAUAACCCUCACCAACAACACUUCCACUUUGGCCUCGAUGCACCCCCAAGAUCCCAAGGCUGCAGACGCGUUGAAGCAGUGUGGUUUGGGUUACGCGACGGCUAAGCGUGGCGUGGGAAAGGCAGACGCUCACUUGAUAGCUGGAGAUUACGACAAGGCUGCGUAUGACGUAAGCGUGACAGUUGAGGCUCCUCCCGUCUCGUGCCGUGCCAAUCUCGUGACACUCAAUUUUGAUUUACCCUCGAGUUUCCGUUACCAAACAGAGGUUUACUUGGCGUUGACUCAAGCUCUGCUCAGGAUCAUUGAUCGCUUCUAG